GAGCAGUGAACCUUCACAUUGACUACGAAGAUGCUACGAUUCACGCACGCACUGUUGUUGUUCGUAGCGAUGGUGACACUCGUUUCCGCCGGGCCUACCGUAAGAAAAGAUGAGGCUGCCAACGUGAUUACAACUGUUGCGGAGCCGGAAACGAAACCUCCAGCUGGUGAAGCUCCUGCUGCGGGAGAAACCGUUCCAACUCCCGUGAAACUUCCGGUCAGUAAUGAUGAACCUUCGAACGAUGCCCCGAGCACAGUUGCAAGUGAAACAAAGCCAACGGAAAGCGAUUCCACCACGUCCGUCCCAACAACAUCAGCAUCGACGACGGUGACUGCAGCGAGCGAAUCUUCCACAGUGUCGACGACGACCUCCUCCACGACGAAAGCUCCAAGUACUACGGUGAGCGUUGAACUGACCGUGCCCACGACAAAGCCUCCCCGCAAAGUGAUCACGUUCGAUCAGCGCCAGGAAGGCAAGUACAACAUUCGUGCCGAUCUGGAAAACUUCGUCAUCGUGGUCGUCCCGUCCGGCUCGUCGUCCGGUGCAUCGCUGCUGGAUCUGUUGACCCGCUCGGCACAGAAGAAGGACGCCCAUCAAACCCGCAAAGCGUCCCACAGGCGCAAAAACAACAAGGUCCACGGUGUCCAGAAGAAGAUCGCACAGGUAACGCCCGAGGUGAUCGUGCUGGACGAGAACAACCAACGAUCGGGACAGCUCGAGACGGAGGAGUUCAUCGAGGGCCGCACACCGUACAAGGUGGAUCUGUCGAGCAGUGCGCGCAGCGUGGAUGGAGCCGAUACCAACCUGGGAGGUUCGCUCGGUGCACCCGGCCGCAAGUCAUCGUUCACGUUCAGUGUGGAGCCGGCGACGUCGAGCCGCUUGGUUCGCUUCCCGGCCGCGUCAGGUAACUAUCCCCAUCCGCAGUGGUUCGGGCGGGCCUUGCGGGUCGGCGGGUAUCCCAACACUAACACCCUGCUAGUAGCCACCGGUAGUAGUAGUGCCACUAACAAUUACAUCCUUCCUGGUGUCGGGGACUACAAUCCACCACGGGACGGAACCAACUCCCUGCUACUGCUUCGCCGAAGCUACGACGCUGCCGGCAGUGCUGCCGAACCGGAACGGGACGGUAUCGACGGUGACAACGGGAUGAUCGUCUAUUCUCACCAUCCUCCUCCACCUUCCUCCUUCGACAGCCUAGAGUACGAGCCGUUGCGCUCCGACGUCGACAUGACGCAGUUGCAGCUACAGCCGGACAGCGAAUACCGCUACGACGAUCUGGAGCAGAACGAUGCCGACACACUGGACGGUGACUGGGACGAGCUGCGGCUACUCGGCGCACAGGAGCAGUGUGGCCCGGACCGGAAGCGAGACAGCUACGGUGUCUGUCAGUUUGUGCAGCCAUGAUCGUGGCAGACAUUUUUUUUAUUAGUGAUUAGAGCUCUGAUAGGUUAAGUGUGGUUAAG